GGCAUGCUCAAGCUCUGUUGUACAUCGCUUUGUCGCUGCGGUUUCUCCGUUUUCCUCAACAAACUGCCUAAAAUAAAAACUAAAGAACAAGAAUAAGAAAAACGUAAAUCCACAUGAAAUAUUGUGUGCAGGCCAAUUCUAAAAUAAAUUAAUUUAACAUCGAAUAAGUACGAGCAACAACAAAGACCAAACCAAAAAGCGAAAGUGAAUUGGUCAGAUUGAAGAAAAAGAAUGAGAAGAAAAGUAUUUACAAUAAGAAUGCAUUGGACUUAAAAACAUUAUUGACCGAAAAGUCAGUCGUGAUAUUUGCAUAUCUGUAUUUCAACGAGGACAAUAGCAAUAUAAUAAUAUGCUGAGAUUGGAGCUGCUAAGUGAUUGCGUCUGCUGAUUAUUGUUCAAUUUGGAUAAGAAAUCUGACAGCGUCCCUGCUGACAAACGUGAUGUAAGGCGUAAGGUGUUAAGUUUUGUGUGCAUGGAGUGCGUGCGUGUCUUCGCUGCGAAUCCCUUUAGAGUCUAUCAAAAAGAUGGCUCGGCACACCUUUAAUGCUCUUUCUAACCGGACUAGGGUAAAAAAAAGUAUGGCAUUUGCUAAGAAUGAUUUGACAAAAUUGAUCAAACCAACAACGCAAUCAUUGUUGGAGCUCUGUAGUUGCGGUUGUAAAUGGUCGAGCAAUGGACAACUUAUCGAUUCAUUAUUAACCAUUGAUGACAGUUUUUUAAACACCAGAUAUGUUUUGACUAAAGUACCUUUUAGCAAUGCCUCGUGCUCGUGCCUUAAUAAAGGCUCUGAACGCCCCAUUUUUAGCAAACAAAAACAAAUGAAAUAUGCCCACAUGAGCUGCCGAUUGUUUCUCACAAGAUGUGCUGUUACAAUCAUAGUAUCGAUGCUGUUUUUUUUAGCAUCGGCGCAAGAUGUACAUAGUCAGUCAGAAGGUACGAAAAUAAGUGGAUCAAUUGAUUUCUCAAACGAUACUUCUGGAUCCCAACAGACAAACGCUAACACCACAAAACAAUUUAAAAACCAUUAUAAGUUCACAACUACAACCGCUUUACCCUUAUUAGAUGUUGAAAUCAGUACUAAUCAAGUGCCUACAUCAACCAGCUCAAUAAAAUUGCUAAAUAUGAAGAGUCGAAGAAACAGCAUGAACAAAGAAAGGAAUGGACUGGCGUCCGGAGGUGGAUUUAGUAUGAACAGAAAUAGCUUGAUUAAUAGCGAUAACGCAUUACAAAGACAGCUAAGGGAAAAGGCUAAGCAAGACAGUUUGGAAUCGAUAAAAAUGCAUAUAUUAAUGCGUUUGAAUUUAAAGAAAUUACCAAAUAUAACAAAACCAAUUUCGGUUCCACAAAAUAUACUGGAGAACUUCUACAAAAACUACAAUGCGACUCUUUCCAAGACUAUGUGGCGACCUGAUCCGGAUGCCUUUGGCAAAAUUAGAACCCAAUAUUUUAAUGAAGAUUUGUCCAAGAUUAUGUCUAAUACUUCUAAUAAUCCCAUGCAAUUGAAUGUGGACAGAAAUCAAAACUUCGGAUUGCUCGAAGAGCCAGCAAGCGAGUCAAGUGAAUUGCAAGGUGACGAUCCUAAUGCAUUUGAUGAUUCUUUACAACCUCAUAAUGUACGAGUAAAAAAGAAUGACAAAUUUCAACAUGCUCAAUCUAAUGAGUUUUUCAUGAAUACCGAGGAUGAUAGUAGAGAAUAUGAAAAUAUUCUGUCUCACAUAAGCAGUAUUUAUGUAUUUCCUGAGCAGCCUCAUGUGCGACACAAUCGCAAUCCAGAUGUUUUCAGAUUUAAGCUGGAUUCUAGUUAUUCUGAUAUAUCACAUAUUACACUGCAUUUGUAUUUACGAGGAUUGGAGUGGAUAAAAAUAAAUCAGCCUAACCUAAUAGAGGAGAUUGCAGAUUUGCAAAACCGGGAUAUUAUUGUGGCCGUGCACCUGACAAAUGUUACUAACUAUAAUCCGAAAGAAAAUAUAUUUGAAUUCCAUCAUAAAAUUCCAACGGGUCUGGGAAAGUGGGUUAAUGUGGAUCUAAAGCCACUAUUUGACCAUUCUAUGUCAGCUCUACCGAUCGCAGAAGCCAUUAACAAAACACAAGAAAUUUUUAUCAAAGGUGUUGAAACCUGGAUGAAGCCUUUAAUUGUAAUGACCGACAAUGCUUCAAAAAAUCCACUGACGGUUCAUAUUGAAAUUGGAUCACAGAAAAAGCAUCGACGAAAGCGUAGCGUAUUUAUGGACUGCACUGAGAGCGAUCAUGAUAUGCGUUGUUGUCGCUAUCCCUUAAAAGUGAAUUUUACGAGCUUUGGAUGGCAUUUUGUAGUAGCACCAACCAUCUUCGAUGCAUACUUUUGCAGUGGAGACUGUAGAGUAGGAUAUUUGGAACAAUAUCCUCAUACUCACCUUGCUGCAUUGACGACUUCUGCGACGCCUUGUUGUUCUCCAACCAAAAUGAGUUCCUUAAGUUUGUUGUACUUUGACGACAAUCACAAUCUUGUGUUGAGUGUUAUACCAAAUAUGUCCGUUGAGGGAUGCAGUUGUUCCUAACCGACACAUUUUUAAAUUGCUACCAUAUCAUACCAUUAUAACUUGAGAGUAUAUGUUUUGAAUACAAUAUUAGAAAUACAUAAAAUAAGCUAGAACGAUCACAAUACAGAUACAAUUACAAUAAUAAAUUUUGUAUACAUAAAUGUACAUCUAGCCGUCAAAUACUUGACGCACUCGCAUUCUAUUCUCGAAAACGCUUUUAUGUCUGCUUUAA